AUGGCUUUGGCUUGCUCGUUCUUCUAUCACAUAUUUAAAGACGCCGAGGAUUUCAUCACGCAACACGUUCUAGUGUCGGAGAUUGACCUCGGUGUUCUUCCCGAAGCUAUCGCAGUACUAGGGUCGUCACAUCUAGGUUCCUCAACUCGAGAAGCCAUCUUGAAAUUGAUAUCUACAAAUCUCGAACCACGCAGACUUCCUCAACGAGCCUGGAAACUCUCAGAUGCUCUAAGACUCAGCAAGAUUCAUACACAUGUUCGUUCUUUCACCGAGACUUACGCCAUUGAAAUCCCCAGAUGUUGCCUGGAUGAAGGUGGAGACUACCCCGCAACAUCUUCUGAGGUAGCUCGGAUCCAACGAGCCUUCUAUAGAUUCGAACUGUACUGCAAUCUCUUCCGUGACUAUGAGAAUCCGCCGUUAUCUUUAGCGGAGCAAAAGGAGUUCUUCUUCAACAAAUUUGCGCCAUGGGAAAAUGAGCAGUUGACGUGCAUCCACAAUUAUCUAUUCGAGUUAGUAUCCGAAGUUUACAAUGAGAUGGUCGAACACGACGUCACAUUUGGAUAUUACCGUAUCCCUCGUGCUGAUAUCUCAGAGCCUGGGGAGAUUGAAACCAUCCUCGCCCGUGGCCUCGCGAGUCUCCAUUCCAUCAUUCUAGCGAAGACAUAUAACGAAAAAGUCCAAGUCCUUUAUCCAGACCUCAUAGAGUCUACCGACAAAUUUCUCCACCAAGCAUUGACUGCAGCUAAUGACACAAACGAUAAUAUCUGGCUCGAGGAUUACACAGAGGGAGACAAGAUCCAGAAGAUAAGAUCUCCUUUCUUCCAAGACCCAGACACGGGGCCAUCUGAUGUUUGGUUCUGGGCGAAUCAAGAAGAGACAAGAGCUCACUUCAUCAACUGUGAAAUGCGAAAAUCUCUCCGGGAAUGGGGCUACGUGUUAUGGGAUCGUGCGAGACUUGACGCAUUGAAUGUACUCUCGACUCCCUGGGAAGAAGCUACCGAUCUGGUGACGAUUGAUGAGUAUGGUUGGCGAUAUAGCAGACAGCAGAAGUCGCUGGAAAGGAGACAUGAGAUAUACGUCAAGGGUGGAAGAGGUUGGUGGAGCGCGGAGGAUGAGAGUAAAAUUGUUUGGCCGGCUGGUAGAGAGGUCGAGCCUUGA